UUGAGUGUUACAAAACUAGCUACACGUGAGAGAAGUAGUCUGCAGAAUUUGCCUUUUGUUUCAGUUGUUCGGGGAACAAAUCUUUCUGUUAGGUUCUAUUUUCCUAAUGCAUAGCCCAACGUAUGCAAAUUACCUUGCUGUUAUUAUCUGACGUCUAUCUGUGUAUGACUAGUUUGUAUUCGACGUGCUUGUACAUCAGACACAGCAGAAGAGCGCUGCUCCUCCGUGCCCUCAGCGAUCCUAACACAACUCUACUACAUUACAACAGCAUGUCUGUAAACAAGCGCAGCCUGAAGCGCCAGAAAGAGUCACCGAGCAGCAGCGCCGGGGGGAAACAGCCGAAGCUGACAGCCGAGAGAGGGAGAGAGUCCGGCUGGCUGCUGAAGGAAGUGACUGAGCUCCGCAAAGACGCGCAGGGAUGCGAGUUCAACAAAAAGCGCCUCCGCUACUUAUCAAGCACCCAGAAAAUCAAACAGGGCUCCGAUGGGGUCCUCUACUGGAUGUCUCGCGACCAAAGAGUCCAAGAUAACUGGGCACUGAUCUAUGCUCAGCAGCUGGCCUUGGUUGAGAAGCUUCCUCUGCAUAUCUGCUUCUGCUUGGUGCCUCGAUAUUUGGAUGCAGCUUACAGACAGUACGCCUUCAUGCUAAAAGGACUGCAAGAAGUGGCAAAGGAAUGCAAAAGCCUGGAUAUUCGGUUCCAUCUGCUGUCAGGAGAACCUGAGCAAAAUCUGCCAACCUUUGUUAAAAACUGGAACUUUGGAGCUGUUGUCACUGACUUUAACCCUCUCAGAAUCCCCCUCCAGUGGACUGAGACUGUUAAGAAGCACCUUCCGUCUGACAUCCCUUUCGUUCAGGUUGAUGCACAUAAUGUGGUGCCAUGCUGGGAAGCAUCUGAGAAGCUGGAAUAUGGAGCCAGGACAAUACGGGGCAAAAUCACUAAACUUCUCCCAGAAUUCCUCACAGAGAUUCCGCUUGUAGACACUCAUCCACACUCCUCUUCUCAAACAGCAAAGCCAGUAAAUUGGGAGAAGUUGUUGUCGUCUCUUGAGGUGGACCGGAGUGUUGGCGAGGUGGAAUGGGCUCAGCCUGGCACCUCUGCCGGCAUGGCCAUGUUGGAGUCCUUCAUUGACCAACGACUGCGUUUCUUUUCCACCCACAGGAACAAUCCCAACUGUGACGCUCUAAGCCAUCUCUCCCCCUGGCUCCACACCGGUCAGUUGUCUGCUCAGCGUGUCGUGAGGCAGGUCAAACAAGAAAAGAACGCCAGCGAGUCUGUGGCGUCUUUUACUGAGGAACUGGUGGUGCGCAGGGAGCUCGCUGACAACUUCUGCUUCUACAACCACAACUAUGAUGAUAUUUCAGGUGCGUACGAUUGGGCGAAGAAGACUUUGCAGGAGCAUGCUAAGGACACCAGACAGUACCUUUACACAAAAGAGCAGUUGGAGAACGCCAAGACCCAUGAUCAGCUGUGGAAUGCCGCACAGCGUCAGCUGCUGUCCGAAGGGAAGAUGCAUGGGUUUCUGCGCAUGUACUGGGCAAAGAAGAUCCUGGAAUGGACUGCCUCCCCUGAAGAAGCCCUCUCUAUUGCUAUAUAUCUGAAUGACCGUUUAUCUUUAGACGGCUGCGAUCCCAAUGGAUAUGUGGGAUGCAUGUGGUCCGUCUGUGGCAUCCAUGACCAGGGCUGGGCAGAGAGGCCCAUCUUUGGGAAAAUUCGCUAUAUGAAUUAUGCUGGCUGCAAGCGGAAGUUUGAUGUGGCCCAGUUUGAGAGGAAGUACGCUGCUAUGAAGAUCUCCAAAAAAGACACCAAAAAAUCUUUGUAGUUUAAUUUGUCAAAAUUCUGAAAACAAUUUUCAAUGAUUGUACUUGUUUUUCUCCAGACAUUUUUUUUUCUUUUUUAUCAAGUUUAUUAAUAAGAUGCUAUGUUUGUUAUUUUGCAUAAGUGCUAUUGUCUUUUUUUAAGUCUUGUGUUUACAUGUAGUACUUCUGAUAUUCUUUUUUAUGGAUCAUUGGACCUACAUCUGUGAUGUUACAAAGUACUUUAGGGUGAUGCAUCGUAGAUUUCAUAAAUGCAAUGUAUAGACAUUAUACUAUUGUAUUUCUGCCUUUUUAUGUGUAAUGGUGGAAGAAUCAUUCCACCAAAAAAUAAAAACUUUGUUACAAAUA